AAAUCUAAUUGAUACUAAUAACAAUUACACUCAUCAGACAUUGUCAUCCUUAAUUUUUGUAAUAGCUUUGGAUGCAUUUUGCAUAUAAUUUACCAUUUAUCCCUGCACGUUGACUGCCAUUUUAGCAUUCUUUGUCGGUGAACUCGUUACGAUUAAAUAUCUAUUUACGUUUAUGGUUUGUUUCUGUUUGAAAUGGCCGAAAUAAAAAAACAUUUAUACGUUCAAAAAAGAGAUGGCAGUAUUGAAAGUGUACAUUAUGAUGAAAUUAUUGCGCGGAUUAAACAGUUGUGCUACAAUUUAGAUUCAGAAAAUAUUGAUCCAGCUGCUAUGGCAAUUCAUGUAAUAAAAAAAUGUCUUUACCCUGGUAUAACUACAUCUCAACUUGAUGAUGCAGCUGCAGAAAUGGCAAUUACUAUGACUACUCUACAUCCAGAUUAUGAGAAACUAGCAUCUCGCAUAGCUAUUUCUAAUCUACAUAAACAAACUAAAGAGAAAUUUAGUGAUGUAAUGGAUGAUGUUUAUAAAAAUGAUGAAUAUUGGAAUAUUGGUUUAUCAGAUAAUGUUUACAAAAUAAUUAUGAACAAUAAAGAUCGUUUUAAUUCUGCAAUUAAUCAUGAAAAUGAUUAUAAUUUAGAUUAUUUUGGAUUUAAAAACUUAAUGGAUUAUUUUUUAGCUAAAUCUGAUAAUAAAGUAUUUGAACGGCCUCAACAUUUAUACAUGAAAAUUGCUGUUAGUAUUCAUGGAAAUGAUAUUGAUUCGGCUAUUGAAACAUAUAAUAUGUUAUCUCAAAAGUUGUAUAUAUUUUCUCCAGUAGUUAUGCGAUUGCAACCUGCUACUAAAAAAGUACAUCAACCAAGUAUCAGUCAUUAUUCAGUAGCAAUGAUAGCUGACAGUAUUGAUGGUAUAUAUGAUACUCUUACCCGUUUUUCAAAGUUUGUUUUGCCUUAUUCAAGUACUGCUAUUCAUGUACAUAAAAUACGUGCUGCAGGCACUUAUAUUAAAGGUAGCAAUGGAAAAUCUAGUGGUCUUCCUCUUAUGUUGAAGCAAUAUGAUACUGUGGUUCAUAACUUUGAAACUUCUGAAAGGCCUAAAAGUAUUAAUGGCCUUACAGUUUACUGUGAAUUAUGGCAUGCAGAUAUUAUGAAAGUAAUAGAUCAAAUUAGGAAAACUGCUAUUGCAGAUUUAAAGUUACAAAACAGCUACCCAGCUUUAUGGAUACCUGAUGAAUUUAUGAGAAGAGUUCAGAAUGAUGAGAUUUGGAGUUUUAUGAGUCCUGAUCAUUGUCCUGGUCUUAUAGAAGUUUAUGGAGAUAAAUUUGACCAUCUUUACAGAGAGUAUGAAUUAAAAAGUAAAAGUUUUGUUCUAAGACAAAUUGAAGCAAAGAAACUAUGGUCACAAAUUAUUCAAUCUCAAAUUGAAACCGGUUUACCAUUAUUAUUAUUUAAAGAUGCAUGUAAUGCUAAAAGUAACGAAUCAAAUUUGGGAACAAUUCAAUGUGCUGGGCGUAAUGGAGACACUGUACAAUUUACUGCAUCAGAUGAAGUGGCUACAUGUACUACUGCUUCAAUCGCUGUAAAUAUGUUUUUAACAUCUGAAAAUAUUUACAACUUUUCUAAACUCAAAGAAACUGUCAAGAAAGUAACUUAUGAUCUGAAUAAAAUAAUUGAAACAAAUAAUGAUGUAUUCUGCGAGGAAGAAAAAUGUAGUUUAGGUAUUAAACAAAAUCAAUUGGCUAUUGGAAUAGGUAUUCUGGGGCUUGCAGAUUUAUUUUUAAAAAUGAAAUAUCCUUUUGAUAAAAAAGAAGCUAGAGAGCUUAAUGUAAAAAUUCAUGAAACAAUUUAUUAUGGUGCCUUAGAAGCAAGCUGCGAAUUAGCUGCUAAAUAUGGUUGUUAUAAAACAUACUUAAAUAGUCCUGCAAGUAACGGGUUACUACAAUUUGAUUUAUGGAAUGUGAAACCUUCUAAUUUGUGGGAUUGGAGCUGUCUAAAAAAAAAAAUUGCAGAAUAUGGACUAAGGAAUUCUUUGGUUACAAUUAUUUCAAAUACUGAAAUUGAAUCUAAAAUUUUUGGUUGUAUGAAUUCUAUUGAGCCAUUAGAUUCAAAUAUUAAACUUAGAUAUAUUUCAUCUGAAGAAAGUAGACCUAAAGAAAUCCAGGUUGUUAAUCCACAUUUAUUGAAAGAUUUAUAUGAUCGUAAUCUUUGGGAUCAGAAAAUAAUAUCUAAAUUAGUUGAUAAUAUGGGUUCAAUACAAGAAAUUCAAGAUUUACCAGAAGAUUUAAAAGAAUUGUAUAGAACAAAGUGGGAAAUUGAUCAAAAAGCUUUAGUUUUCAUGGCAGCUGAUCGAGCUCCGUUCAUUGAUCAUUCACAAGCACUCUCUCUUUAUAUGGCAAAAGCAAAUGAAGAAAUUAUUUCUGAUAUGCACAUGUUGACAUGGAAACUUGGUUUGAAAACUGGUGUAUGUCAACUAAGGAUUAAACAAACUGAAGAUGAUCUACGGGAUUGAUAAACUGCACCAGUAUAAUUUACUCUACUAAUUUUUAUAAAACAUUUAUAUUUGUAUAAAUGCAUUGAUUUUUAAAAUAUUAUGUAUAAUUUUA